GCUCAGGAACAAGAACGUGGAACCGAGUGAACAGCAGCACCUGCGAUCAAAGACAAGAGCGACUGGCACUCUCAGACUGUCCCAUCCAGAAUGAAGGCUCUGGUGACUUUGCUUUUGCUGGGGUGGUUGGGUCAGGUUCGGUGUUGCAGCCCUCAACCUGGAUCAAGGCCAUUGAUGGCGGGAAAGAUCAGGACUGGUAUCAUAACUCCUGUACCCACACAAAUUAUGAAUGGGAAUCCUGGUGGAGACUGGACCUGCAGCAGAAAUACAAAGUGAACAUGGUUGUGGUCUAUGGCAGGUCGGACUGCUGUAAGGAACGGAUGAAUGGUCUCGAGGUCCGCGUUGGAGAUUCUCCGAACAAUCACAACCCAGCGUGCGGUACGAUCACCGACUAUAAUAUUACCACCACACCUUUCUGCUGUAAUGGGAUGGAGGGUCGGUACAUCAGCGCGGUGAUCCCGGGGCGCAGUGAAUACCUGCACCUGUGCGAGGUGGAGGUCUACGGGGAGCCUGCUGGACCCGCGUCCAUCAAUAUCGCCAGAAGCGGGGAAGCCACGCAGAGUUCUACUUUAAUUUAUUUAGCUAUAAGUAGUGUUGCUAGCAAUGCCAUUGAUGGCGGAAAAGAUCAGAAAUGGUCUCAUGGUUCCUGUAGCCACACAAAUUAUGACUGGGAACCCUGGUGGAGACUGGACCUGAAACAGAAACAGAGCGUGUAUGUUAUUAAAGUCUAUGGCAGGUCGGACAGCUUUUUAUGGCGCUUGCAGGAUCUCGAGGUGCGAAUUGGUGAUUCUCCAGACAAUAACAACCCGCUGUGCGGCAUGAUCACCAACUAUACUAAUCCCAUCACAACUUUCUGCUGUAAUGGAUUGGCGGGUCGAUACGUCAGCGCGGUGAUCCCGGGGCGCAGUGAACGUUUGACCCUGUGCGAGAUAGAAGUCUACAAUGGCACCAUGACUGAGAAUGAUGUCUGCUGGUAA